UCAUUCAACCACCAUCCCCGAGGGGUCCCCACGAUACCAAUGGAGCGCCACAAGCAGGCCGUCGCCUCCAUCGCCUCGGCCGUCCGCGGCUUCUUCGAGCGCCGCGAGCCAUACCGCAUCUUCCAUGGCUCCACGAACAGCACUCGUCCUCAGCUGACCGGCAAGCCCGUCGUCGACAUCAGCGCUCUUCGCAAUGUUCUCCAGGUCGACCGCGCCGCUCGCACCGCCCUCGUCGAGCCCAAUGUCCCCAUGGAUAAGCUUGUCGAGUCGACCCUUAAGCACGGUCUCGUUCCCCCCGUCGUCAUGGAGUUCCCCGGCAUCACAGCCGGAGGCGGCUUCGCAGGCACGGCGGGCGAGAGCUCGUCGUUCAAGUACGGAUUCUUCAACGAUACGGUCAAUUGGGCCGAGAUUGUGCUCGGAAACGGAGAGGUUGUUCGUGCGUCGCGAGAGGAGCGUGCUGACCUCUUCCGCGGCGCCGCUGGUGCCGUCGGCUCCCUCGGCGUAACCACGCUGCUCGAGCUGCAGCUCAAGGAGGCCAAGAAGUUUGUUCGCACUACAUAUCAUCGCACUAGCAGCGUCGCCGAGGCCGUUGCCCGUAUCCGCGCCGAGACCGAAAACCCCGCCAACGACUAUGUCGACGGUAUCCUCUUCUCCAAGGACCAUGGCGUAGUAGUCACUGGUACUCUGACCGAUGACAAGCCCGCCGAUACCAAGAUCCAGACCUUCAGUGGUGCCUGGGAUCCCUGGUACUACCUCCACGUCCAAGACCGCACUCGCAACGUUCCCUCCGCUGGUCCUAUCGUUGACUCCGCCGCCUCGUCCUCCUCUCCCGUCGAUUACAUCCCUCUCGCCGAAUACUUCUUCCGCUAUGACCGCGGCGGCUUCUGGGUAGGCGCCGCUGCCUUCGACUACUUCAAGGGCGUGCCCUUCAACCGAUUCUUCCGCUGGUUCCUCGACGACUUCCUCCAUACUCGCAUGCUCUACCGUGCCCUCCACGGUAGCGGUGAAUCCGCCCGCUUCAUCGUUCAGGACCUCGGCCUGCCCUACCGCACUGCCGAGGCCUUUGUCGACUACACGGCUGAGAACUUCAAUAUUUGGCCCCUUUGGUUGUGUCCCCUGAAACAGACUCCUCCUCCCACCUUCCACCCGCACACUGGUGAGGCCGAGACUGCUGCUGACGGCACUGUGUCGACCCCUCCGUCUCUGAACAUUGGCCUAUGGGGCUGGGGCCCCACUGACCCGGAUGAAUUUGUUACCAAGAACCGCGCUCUCGAGGACAAGCUUGUCGAGCUAGGCGGUCUUAAGUGGCUUUAUGCGCACACCUACUACAACGAGGAGGAGUUCUGGAAGCUCUAUGACAGACCCUGGUAUGAGGCCCUUAGGAAGAAGUACCACGCCGAUACGCUACCGACCGUCCACGACAAGGUCAAGGUUGAUGUCGAGGCCCGCAAGGAGCAGCGUCAGAAGUGGAAGCGCUCCCUCAAGAGCAAGCCGCCGUUGGGUGGUCUGUAUGGUAUCUGGAAGGGUAUCCAGAGCAAGGAUUACAUGCUGCACCGCCACGCCGAGUGGAAGUUCAAGGAGAAGAAAUAG